GCUGUACUUUCAUCUUUAUAACGAUUUGAGCUCAAGGUCGUGGUGGCAGUUAAAGCUUUUACACCGAAAGACAUUCUUCUCAAGCUUUCUCGUACAUUACUGUCACUAAGAUAAAUCAAAAUGCUUUUGAAUUUUAAAUGAUGAUAUUGUGUGUCUUAGGAAGUAUAUGAUCUAUUACUAAUUUGAAUGUACGUCUUCAAAAACUAUUCUAGAUGGGAAUAAAUUACAUGUAAUCCUCGAACGAUAGGAAAGUGACACUGAAAUACCUUAGAUUUUCAUUAGGUUUUAAGUACUUUUAUCUCCUAAUGUAAGGGACUCGUGGUUUUAUCACCUUAUUUAGUGAUGGUAUUUAUUUUGAUACAAUAGACUUUUUACACUACUAUCUGCACCACAUAUUAUCCUAAAAAAAUCUUGCUCUCUGGUUUUCUCCUCAGCUGAUUGUUUACUUGAUGAUUUGAGAUUAAGCUUGGGAAUUCAGAUAACUAGUGAUCACUAGGUUUUCGCUUAUUAUGAGCGUGUUCUUAGUGAUUUCUGUGAUCUAGGAAUAUAUUUUUAUAUUUUAAACAUCUACGUCGCUGUUUUUAAAAAAGUAUGUUUUCUGACCUCGCAGUUUGAAGCUUUGUUUUUUGGAUGUUUUAUGUGAAUAUGAUCCCUUAUUGCUGCUGGGAUCAAUAUUUUGUAAAUUUUCAUCUGAUUCUUAAUGCCUUGUAUCAACCGUCUUUUGACUUUAUAAUUUAUUGAAAAUCAUUUAAAGUUAUUGGAGUUUUGCCUGCACCUUUAAGAGUGUUAAACAUGUUCUUCAAAUAAUACAAACUAAGUUCAAUUUUGAAUGAAGUAUUUAUUGUAUAUUCAUGAUUGUUUUUACAAAUAUUUCAGGUGUUUUGAUAUUAGCUUCAUCAUAAAUAUCCUAAAGACUCAUAUAAUUGAAUUUCCUGAUUAAUAUAUGAGUAAUCAUAAGUGAACGCUUUUUGUACGUGGUUUUUGUAAAGUACCUAAGCCUAGUCAUUAUUAUUAUAACCUAAACCUUGUAUUUCUCAUGGGGUAUUUGCUCUUGACUAAGGAUAUCCAAACUUCCCUAUCAUCAUGAGCUUUCCCUUCCAGUUUUUGCCAGGUCGUCUUUCUCUAAUUCCCGAUACCGUGUAUUUUGUUGUCCGUUUCUUCCCCUAAGCCAUGCAGAUUCCAGGUCAGGGCUUGGUCUUUAGUGUGUUUCGGCGGUUUUCAAAAGACUUAUCCUAUCACGCUCCAUGAUCUUUUCCUAACUAUUUUUUGAAAUUGCAGCUGGGUUGCUGAUGUCUUCUGAACACUGGGUCUAAUGUAUGUUUCGUAGGUGGAUGUUCAUAUAUAUACUCACCCUUAUGGUGAUGGUUGUGGUAGUUACCUAGGUUUCGGCCUCGUAGGACGUCCUUAACGUUUGUGAUGAGAAUUCUGAAUUUCUUCUUAAGUGACAGUUAUUUUGAUUUCCGAACGUUUUACAAUCCUAGGAAUGUUGCCACUGUUUCUUCGAUUCAUGCCUUGACAUCUACAUCAAAUCCUCUUUGCUUAUUAGUGUUAUUCAAGUACUGAAAGGCUUUCAUCUGUUCUGGAGUCUCGCCAUUAAAGUGAGAUUCGGUUCUUGUUCACAGAGUUUUACUUCAGGAUCUUAUCUUUGUGCUCGUGAAUACUGAAGAAUACUGCCUUAGAAGCAGUCACUUUACUGACUAUUAUCAUCUGCGUCCAAGGUGAACAUAGUAUUGCAUGCUUCUCCCAAGUUAUUAAGUUCCUCAUAAUCCAAUUAGUCUCUAGCAGUAUUAGAAAAUGUGAAAGUAAAUAGCUUUUUAAGACCCUACUCUUCACUUCAAACGCAUCUAUGAGCUGCCCUAUAUCCACAACUUUGUAGUUCAGUCCUUCGUAUAUGUCCUUUUUCAGUUAUUCCAUAGUCUCAAAGAAGACUAGGUAUGAGUAAGCUGUAUCUUCUCAUUUGUGAGGCUACUUGAAAGAUUUUCCUAGUUUAAUAAAUUGUUCUGACAUUCCACGCUGAUAUGUUGAUUACUCCCCCGGUUAUCAGAAGAGGCAUCGAACCGGUGACUUCUGGUGAGUCUGGGCGUCAUAACUCUUCCAUAUUUCAAAACUUCAACUUCCAGAACAGUGGAUAAAUAGUUUAAAUAUUUUUCUUUAGUAAGCGCUUUUUGGCUAAUCUGUUCUUUUCAAGCCGAAGUUGCUAAUGCUAUCCUCAAUUAUCAUUCUUUACUCGUACUUUGAACAUAUAGUAACCAUACAUUGACCCAGGGUGGAUUUGAAAUCUAUUUAUACAAUGUUAUAUUUCAUUGUGGUUUGUCAUUAACUAACGUAUUUAAAAAGGAAACACCACGGAAUUUGCUAUAUAACGUGAUCGUUUCGGGACGUGAUAAGUUUGAAACGUUUUCAUAUUUAAUAUAACGAGAUCCCGAAAUAUGGUUUCAUGUUUCUAAGAAAAAAGUCCAUAGAUGUGUGAUAUUCGUAGUGCGAUAAAAAAAUAUACGUAAAAAUUUGCUUAGGAUUUAUUUUUCUUUUCCAAAACAAAAGAUAUUUGCUUGGUAGCAAUAAUAAACGUUUAGUGAGCGAACUCUUAUGGUGCGUGGUUGAGCCCUACAUAACUUCAAUGCCUUCCUGCCAAGUGCUAUCAAAGAAACUUGCUCUUACUGACAAUAAUUAGUACUCCAAUAUAUGCUCUCUUGAGACAUGUAAUCUUUAUGAAGAAAUUUUGCAGGCCUCGAUGGUUUUGUUGAGAUAGGAAACUGUUUUGAAUAAGUGUUUGGUUUCAAAAGAGCUACCAUGUUUUUUAAUGUAUGGUAUUGUUUUUUAGUUAUUCUGGCAUGGUUCAUGAAAGUCAAGGACCUCACAAAUCAACUCUUAUUGAACAAACGGUAAAAGGAGCCAUAGCAGGUGGAGUCACUGGAGCAAUUGAGAUUUGCAUCACUUUCCCGACUGAAUAUGUUAAGACACAAUUACAACUUGACGAACGUAUGGGUAGUGCCAGACAAUAUUCGGGACCCAUCGACUGUGUAAAGAAGACAGUAGGAUCUUAUGGUUUUCGUGGUUUGUAUCGAGGUUUACCUGUUCUCCUAUAUGGCUCUGUUCCCAAGUCGGCUGUCAGAUUUGGAGCAUUUGAAGAGUUUAAACGUCAUAAUUUAUCUCCAGAUGGAACUCUUACAGCUGGAAGAAAACUUUUAUGUGGUUUAGGCGCAGGGGUUUGUGAAGCUAUAAUGGUAGUUACUCCGAUGGAAACCAUCAAAGUGAAAUUUAUUAAUGAUCAAACAUCUAAAAAUCCACAUUAUCGUGGUUUUUUCCAUGGCUGUGGCUGUAUCGUCAAAGAACAUGGUAGGAGCGAAAGCUGUUAGUGUUAAAUAUUACGUAUUCAUUGAAACAAUAAUUUUGUAAAAAAUGAAGUAGUUCAGUGGUUGUUUCAAACUAAUUUACACUAAAGCUCUACCGGGAAGCCUGAAAGGUCAGCAUUCUUUGUUCCCAAGUUGACUAAUAAUCGACGUGGAAGUCGUAAUCUGUAGGCAGAUCACAACUUCGUAGUUUCGUAGGAACUAGCUUCUAGCUCUAAAGUGGCGUCAUUUUGUCAACACAACUAUAAAGCUAACUAAGCAAUUAUAAUGUCACAUAUGGUUUAAAAAUCAUUUCUUCAUGUCAGCUACAGGUAAAAUGCGGUAAGAUUACAUCUUAGAUCUGCUAAAAUAGCAGGGCUGGGAUGUGAUCUAAUGGGCUUAAAUAAAUUAGAAAUUUCACUUGAAAUCACGGUAUUUUUCAGUAUUUAUUCGCCUGCUGACCACCAACUGACUAAAAUAUUAUCAUUUCUCAAGACCCUUUACGUUCUUUGAAUUCCUAAAGUUUUCACUUCCUUCGGAUCUAAACAAAUACGACUGUGUCGUUUAAAGUUACUAUCCGAGAUACGUAAUCUGCUGUAUUCUUUCACAGUUGAACGCUAUCAUGAUGAAGGCUAUCAGUUAGUUCUAUGUGGUAAAGGAUAUGAGGAUGGUCUGAGGAAUUGGUUUCACUGUAUGAUUAUGAUUUACUUUUCUUCGUCAUCCAUUUUUUUAAGUUUUAUAACUAUAAUUGUUAUGCGUCAGUUAUCUUGAAAACUUAUUAACUGUAUGAAAUCCUGAAAAUAUAGUAAGGACUUUAGAUAGUAUAGAAUUGGAAUCCUCUUGUUAGGAACUCAGGUGUUGAAUUAUCGACAAAAUUGUAUGCAUAUUUGCUCGCCUCAAAAUACUUGUUGUAAAUGAUUGUUUAGUCAUAAAAUGAAUCUUUGUGCACACUCGACUGCGCGAUACUGGAUUUUCUUUGAGUUUACUAUUUGGUAUAAAAGUAUUGUAUAGAGACAUGCCGACCAGGGCUGAAAAAUGAGGUAAUGGAUUUCGCGCAGAAUCUAAGAAUCAACUGAUCACUACACUAUAUCGUGUAAAAUGUGAAGUGAAUAUUUCUUUGUGUACUGUUUAGACGAUUGAAAAUCAUAACAACGAGGUAAUUUUUGUUACUAAAGUGUAAAAAUGACAGUAUUAAACUUAUGAAAUUAUCAAGUAUUUUUAUGUAGAUGAGAUAUAAUGUACAAAUCAACUCUGUUAUUAUAAUCUUAUGUAAACAUUGGUCCGGAAAUAUUUGAAAUUCACAGAAUGUAAAGUAGAAUAAUAUUGUUAUUGAUCAGAUAUUCAUUAAGCUUUACUGUAAUAUAUGGUAAAAUUUAUAUGCGCAUAUGAAAAAAAUUAAACCAGUCUAGGUAAUCUGUCGGUCAAUGAUAAUAAUGGAAAGGGAUUAUAUAAAUAAUAAUAGGUAAACAAUGUAAACUAACAGUAAGGCGGUAGGUACCGUCGUAAAUAUAUCGAUAAUGUAGACAAAAAUAGGGUUUAUACACAGUAUUUUGAUUGAAAUAGGAUGUGUUUAGUGUUUCCUUUCUUAAGAAAUAUUCGUGUAUGAUGAGCAUGAAAGUUGAAACACGAACUGAUCGUAUAAAACGUCUCUGGUAUAGGUUACAGUUUAACGGAGGUGUGACUGGAGGUGUUCAACGUGACAGAGUAACUAGAUCAUUGAAAAGUCCUUUUAAUGCAGCUUAUACUUGUUUAUCAUUUUCUAGUUGACGAGUGAUAGUUCCUCAAAUAAAAGAUAAUUCACAUAGUUUUACCACUUCAGCUGCUCAUGUGCAUAAAGGUGAAUCGGUCGUUUAGAUGUACAACUUAACCUAUGAGUUAGCGAACACCUAGCUUCUGGGAAAUAUCAUCAAUAUGAACUUCAGAUUGAAGCGAUGCAUUCGAAUUUCUGCACAUAUUACUGGCAACCUGUUCAGUUGAUGUUUAUUUGUUUUUGAUACUUGUCCUGUUAUCGUUUCCAUAUUUGUUUUGGUUGUUACCUUUUUCGACCUGAUAGUUGUCCACGACUUUUCUGAUUCACUGAUAAAUUGAAUCGAAUUCGGUAUGUUUAUGGACUACAGAUUGACUUGAUUUAUCAAGUCUCAAAAGGUUCCCUAGUCUUUGUACGGCUUAAGAAUAACUUUAGAAAUCAUUAUACAACUCCUUUUAAUCACAUGUAGUUCAUCGUGGUCAUUUGGUAGAUAGAAGCAAGAGUUAUUUAAUGUUUCCUUUCAAAUUUUCUGGAUAUAAUUUGUUCUCGUCUUUUGCAUUUAGUGGAAGCAAUACUUUUUCAAGCAAACCUUUUUAGUCCUUGUGUUCUUAAGAAAUUUGUAGCAUUUUUAUUCCUUCUUUGGGAGGAUGAGAAUUCGAUAGACGUUAUAACUCAUUCCUUCUACCCUUUCUCUUCUUUACUAUCUACGUAUGUCAGCUAAAUAUUCACGAAUUCUUAUUACGUCAUUUCCAAUGAAUUCAUUUUUUGCAGCUUUGACUUACUAGGAUUAAUUGUGUAGUCCUUUUCCAUUGUUACCAUUGAUCCACAGAGUGCCCCGAUUGGUGCAUAUAAGUAAGCCCAAUGAGGGUCCGAUUGAGUUCUAGUCAGAAGCCGUAACCAGUGGGGUUCAACCGCAUUGGGUGUCAGGGCGUUACGCACUGAAGACAAUGAAAAUUUGUUGCGCAAUGUCGUGGAUUGAUGCAAGUUAAACUUUUAUACUGUUGGCUCUUGGUUCAGUUGUUUAGAAGUUAAGGGUUCGAUUCCUUGUCCUAAAAUCGCACUUGUGAGGAGUCUCAUACUGGGACAUAACGACCGUCCAGUUCUCCCAAGUUUUUAAUGAUGGUCUGACCUAGAUCAAUUCAUGAUUUCAGUGACACAAUAUCGUUUGAUUACAUUUAUUUAGUUAGAAUUUUUCACGUUUCCAAUUUAUUCAUUUUCAUAUUAGUUUAUAAUACUCUUCUAUCACCUGUUGCGAUUGCUAUGAUUGCUUAAAUCAUACUAAACAUGCAGAAUUCUAGUGAUAUAGGAAUUCUAUUGGAAUUUAAGUUUGCUUAGCGGUUUACUUACUUUCAUCUACCAUAUACACAUUGACCUUAGUGAUUCUGUGUACAUUCAAAAACAUUAAAUUGUUGGACUAAUUUGCUUUAAUUAAACUUAAAUUUUAGGUAUGAAUGAAAUAUUCAAAACUUAGUUAUAAGGUACAAGUCGUAAGCAAUUUUAUUUAGACUCAUUGCCAUGUUGUUUAUAGAAAAGUAAAUCACAUAAUCUUCGGACUUACAAUAUACCGACCAAACUUUAAGUGCCGACAAUAAUGAACCACACCUACUUACUAAACAACUGAGUUAAAUAGUCUUUCUCGAUCAACCGAUCUAUAACAAAGGUUGAAGAAGCAUAUUAAGUAGAUGUUUUCUUGAAACGUAUGAAUGACGAAGUUUGUAAAUGUCGCGGUAAUAAAUUGCUCCAUUAAAAGUCAUAUCACAUUCCGUGAAUACGUAAUUGACAAGUUUUUUUUCUACCGAGAAAUCAAUUGAAACUUUACUUAUAUUUUUUGGUGAUUUUGUGAGAAUUAUAUUACAGUAGAAGAAAUAUACCCUAAUCUGUGACAUAAGUGAGAAAACAAAUUUACCGUUAUUUUUUAAUAUCGUGUUUAAUUUUCCAAAGACUGGCAAUAUAAUGGAAGUGUUGUCAUGUUAUGUUUUCACAUUUGUCUAAUUAACGUUCCAUGUUAAGUAAAUAAAAGAAAGGUAUGUUUUGAAACCCAUUGUAUCAUUAUUAUAUCAGAAAAACAGAUUACUUGGGUUGUAUUGGAUGUUUUAAGAUCGAGCCGUAAUGACAGGAAAGCAGUUGUAUGACCUCUCGCUCUCUUUCUCUAAUCCGAUUACUGAUCAGUUCAGCUAUAUUACCAUUAGAACAGAUGACCUUCUACCUACCAAUUGACACAUCGACCAAUGAAUUAUAAUAAGAUAUGUGACAACUAUCUACAGGUCAAACGAAGAAUUGAAAAUUAUUGAAUAUUAAAGUACAGUAAUGCACGCGUUGAGUCAAUAAGGCAAGCUAAAUGAAGCAGUGUUGUAACUUGUGAACCUGUGUACCCUGUAUAUUGGAUUAGCGCAACGAUACCGCCAAUCAGAGAGCAGCGAGUUAUCGAUCCAACCAGUGACGCAUAAAACACAUGCGAGCAGCCUAGAGUCCUGAUUGGUCUCACUUCCUGUCUAGCCCAGCCAGUUAAGUCCAGAACAUCAAUCUCUGCAAUAUGAAUCAUUUAUUUUAAACAUACGGGGUUUAUAUACCAAUCAAACAGACCACAACGUGGCAUAAAAUAAAAAAUAACAUUUGUACAAUAUUUGGCCAAAAUUGGCUGUGAAUGAGGGAGGUAGUGAUUAACAGACAGGGAAUAAUCCAAGAAUGGUAAAUCGUACAAGAAUAGUUCAUAGGUCAAAAUAAAACUCAUAAUAAGAAGGACAUGAAUAUGAUCAGUUUAGUUACAUAACAAUUACACGAUAAAAAUAUACUCAUAGUACUGGUCCAUAAAUGCAUCCUAAAAAUUACCAUUCAUUAUUCUUAUCGGGAUAUAACACAAAGAAAGUUUUUUUGCCUCUACAUAACUUCUAAUCUUGAUGCUGUAUCCAACAUCUGAUAGGCUAUCCCACUACUUUGUGAGUUUAGUGCCAGAGAUGUAGAUUCCAUGAAACAUUCUCGAGAAUACUCACAGACAUGUCUUUCUUUCCAUGUGUAUGGAGUUGCUUUCAUGUUUGAAUGUAAGCUGAUCAAUCAAUUUGAAAUUUCAUAACUCUCCUGAUUAUCUUAUUAAUACCUUCAAUAUGGUCUAGUCUAUAAGUGAUACAUAUUUAUUGAAUUCAUAUCGUCGUUUCUUAAUGCACCUGUACUGAUCAUGGUGGGUAAUACAGUAGGCAAACAUCCAACAUAAACUAGCCGUUUUGUGAACAUCAUUUACCUCAUUGUUUAUUAUCUGAUACAUAACUCAUGGCUCCAUUUGUACGAUGUAUUUAGAAAAUCGAUCAGUGUUUCCACUCAAUUAGGAUUGUGAGCAAAGAUAGUCAAAGAAAUUAUUAGUUUCAGUGCAUUAGUCAUUCUAAUAAUUUUAUAAAUAUUUGUUCCAUCAUUGUCAGUAGAUUAUUAUUUCAAUAGUUGAAAUCAUGAGUCAAUUGAAGCUAGACCAUCAUGGAAAACCUAGAAGCACUGGAUGACCGUUUCGUCCCAGUAUGGGGCUCCUCAGCAGUGCUCAUCCACGAUCACGCCCCCCGCGAGAUUCGAACCCAGGACCCAUCAGUUUCGCGCGCGAGCGCUUAACCAUUAGACCGCUGAGCCGGCAUCAGUGCCGGCUUAAUCAGUUCUGUUUUCCGUUUAAAUUUCAAGAAAUUAUGUUGAGUCAUAUGAGACUGAGUAAAUGAUCAAAUCUUCAUUAGUUUUCUUUUCAUGUUGUAGGGAUUACUGGUAUGUACAAAGGUGUAACACCGACAAUUCUGAAACAAGGAAGUAAUCAAGCCAUUCGUUUUUUUGUAAUGGAAACUUUGAAGGAUGGUUAUCGACAGUAUCGAGGUGACAAAACUACUGGACUACCUGUCCCAAAAUUACUAACUGGAUUAUUUGGGAUUAUUGCUGGUGCAGCAUCCGUCUAUGGAAACACACCUCUGGAUGUUGUCAAAACUCGAAUGCAAGGCCUUGAUGCACAUAAGUAUAAAAAUACACUUCAUUGCGCUUGGAAAAUAUGGACUGAAGAAGGCUUUUUUGCUUUCUAUAAAGGUACUGUACCUAGACUAGGUCGUGUCUGUUUAGAUGUUUGUAUCAGUUUCAUGAUUUACGAUUCAUUUAUGGAGAGUUUUCACAAAGUAUGGGACACAAAGAAAUCUUAAAAUAUUUUCAUAUUUAUGCAUUUAUACUAUUCUUGGUUGUGAUGAAAUUCUUCUCAUAUAUAUAUAUAGGAAAUAGUAAUUUUAAAGCACAAUAGUCCAUUCACUUUUUAUUUACAUUUGAAUCUGAUAAAAAAAUAUUUGAAUAAAGAAGUAGAUGGAGAAGAUGAAUACACUUGUUCUAUCCAAUUACUUAUCUAUGUAUUUAUCCAUACACAUAUUUAGAUAAAUCAUUCCAAGCUUUAUUUAUAUAUUCCUCAUAUGGUUGUGCUAAUCUUCUUUGGUUGUGCAAUAAUUCAUACAAAAAUCGGUGAUAUGUUAUUAUUCUUUCGAAAUACAUAGAUUGUCGAAUUUAUUUCUGUUUAUCUACAAUCGAUUAUUGCAUGUUUUUUUUAUAUAAGAAACAAACUUUACUCUUCCUUUCCAUUUUUUUUCUUGUUUGAUUUAUUCCUUUUCUCAAUGAAUUUUCUUUUCUUUUGAAAAGAAAAAACAAUCUAUUGUUCACUAUUGAAAACUUCUACCAGUUUGAUGAUAUCGAUUUUUAUGAGUUAACUUAUUCGCACUUGGAUCAAAUAUGAUUGCAGUUUUUUAAUCUCUUUCAAUAUGUAUAUCUAUGUCAUUAUUUAUUUAUUUGUUUAUUCACUAAAUGGUUAUUAUUAUUAUUAUUGAUAUAGGUAUCUUUAUUUAUAAACUGUUCUAAUCAAUGUCAAAUUACACCCAAUAAAUGUUUACUAUAUACAUCUCAUGUUUAAACUUGUUUUAUGUAAAGGGUUACUGUUAGAUACCUUACUCACAUUGUUUUCGUGUAUUCACUUUCGUUUACUUGCACUGAGUCAUUAUGAUGUGACAGGGAGUGCU